AUGACCACUACUCCGGGCCUCACACAACAACUACCUCACUCGGAGAUUAGUUCUACGGCACCAAAUCAACCGGGGUACCCCCAUAAUAGCCCAAGCCAAAUUUUGGAACGUUGGCUCUCUGAGUCAGUCCAAGGAGAAUCCUCCAACGGACUGCCAGGGCAAGAACUUCAACCCCAGAGAGCAAAACGUCUGCAAAAAGUCAUACAGGAGGUGGAGAGGGCGUUUUCAACCAGUCAAGUAGCUGCAUAUGAACACGAUAAAGAUUCAUAG